AUGUCAAUUUCCGAGUCGGACCGGGCUGCGAUCGAAGAGCUCAGAGCAGCGGUCAAGGACCAUGUGAGUCCGAAGUUUCCGUUUUUUUCGAAUGAAUUUCAACUCAAAUUUGUUCAGCUGACCCCCUACUAUGACACGGAUUUCAAUUUGCUGCGCUGGCUGAAAGGACACGAUUACAAGUUGGAUAUUAUCAAACCGAAACUCAUAAAUCACUUGCUGUUCCGAAAAUCCGAUUGGAAUCUCGAUGAGUUGGCGGAGAGACCCAGAGAUCAUCCGGUGCAUCAUCAUUGGAAGGUUGGUCCCUGGGCGUUUGAUGAAAAAGGAAAAGCUCUUUAGACUGGUCUGACUGGAGAGUCGGGACUGAUCCCGAACACGAUCGUGAACAUUGAGCAGACGGGGUCCAACGACUACUGGGGAAUGCUGAACUCGUACCCGACGAACGAGAUCCUGAGGGCCCGAGUGCACGACCUGGAGAGCAUGCUGAAGGCGGUGAUGGAGCUGGAGCAGAAGACGAAUCAACAGUGCUCGGUCGUCUAUAUUAUGGAUCUGACGGGCAUCAAGAUGGACAAGCGCACGAUGACCCUGCUGACGGGCGGCCUCUCGGCCAUCUCGGCGUUCAUGGCCGAGCACUACGUGGAACUCGUGCACAGCUUCGUGCUCGUCAACGUGCCCGGCUUCAUCUCGGCCAUUUGGAGCAUUGCGAAGCCGCUGUUGCCCGAGCGGACUCGCAACAAAUGCAAUAUUAUGGGGUCGAAUUGGCGCGUGGAGGUGCUGAAGAUGGCCGACGGGGCUUGUCUUCCCGCCUACUGGAACGAUCCCGACGACGACGGACCGUUCACGGCGCCCAUCGAAAAGUGCGUGCCGUUCCCGGAGGAUAAUUAUUACAAGGGAAAGGCGCCCGAGAACGCGGAUCACCUGACGGUCUCGGCCGGAAAGAGCGGAUUUGUAGAGAUCGAGGUCAAGACGGUGGGUCUUUUUUUUGCCUGGUGGUCCGCCAGACAUUAUCUUUGGGCACUUAUAUCUCGAGAUCCAGCAAUUAUUUCAAAAAAUGAUCAACUGAAGAGUUGUUGUAAUUGUUGAGCCCAACAACUUUUUAGUUGAGCAUUUGAUUCCAAAACCCGUCUUUCUUGAGUUAUGGCCUAGUUUCUUAAGGUCUAGGGCGACGUGACGUGCAAUUUAUCAGUGAGAAUAAAAAUUGUUCAAAAGAUGUUGUGUGCUCACCGUAACACAGUUUGUCACAGUCCCUGCUGAUCCAUCAUUCAUUUCUGUGCUCAGUUGCGAAACAGUUGCAAAAUGUCUCUUUUUGCAGGGCCAAACGCUCUCGUGGGAGAUUCACACGAACGGCCACUUCGCAUUCGCCAUUUACGAGUUGCCACUGGUGCCCAACAACUCGGACGACAUCUCCAAUUACACGAGAGUCUACCCACUUUUCAGUGUAAGUAUUUCAGCCCUCUCUUUCGCAACUGUACAUUUCGCAACCGAACAAUCGCUCUCCAAACUAGCCGUGUGUACUUGCAGAAGAUUCCGGGUCCGACGAUGGUUCCGUGCAUCGACAAACUCGUGUGCCCGUCCACAGGUACUCCAUUUCUUACCUUUUCCUCUUCCCAAUCUCACUUCUGCAGCCACGUAUCGCAUUUGGUUCGGAAAUCAGCACGCCUGGUUCCAUACGCUCAAAGUCGAUUAUAUCGUGAAGGCCGAGUGA